AUGCUGCGCCUAAACGUCGCCCGUGCCGCCGCUGCUGCUGCUCCCAGCUCCGGCGCCAGGGCUCUCAGCUCCACGGCGGCACGACGGUACAAGUCGCCGUCCAUGGGCGACAUCAACCCCUCCCGCGCGGCCGUCGAGAAAUUCAACCAGAAGCAGAAGGAAUUCAGAGAGCAACUUUUUGAGGCACAGAAGGAACGGGAUGCUCGUGCGUUGGCCCAGGACAACAAGACCCCCACUGCGUCGUCGGGUAUUCCAGGUGCAAAGCCAGCUACUAAUGCCGAUGCAGGAGCCGCGGCUGAGUCGAGGGAGUCGGAGCCCGAUCGCAAGUCUGGCCCCUUGACCAACCUCAUUUACGGAACAAAAGAAGGUCGCGAGCUCGAGGCCCAGCUCGAAGCCAGCUUUAGCCAGGUCCUUGCACGUGGCAAGUAUGUCCACUCCAUCGUGUUCCAUGAGGUCAAGCCAGACAAGGUAUCCGAGUAUGUUGAUCUCGUCGGCCAAUGGUACCCCAAAAUGGCGAACAUGCCAUCCAACAAGGUCCAUCUCGUCGGCAGCUGGCGUACUGAGGUCGGCGACUGCGACACUUUUGUCCACAUCUGGGAAUACCAAAAGUACGAGGGUUACCACGACUCGCGAUACUCCAUGACCCAUCACCCCGAGUUUGCCGAGUUCGAGCGCAAGCUCACCACUCUCAUCAACUCCAAGAAGAUCGACUUGAUGCAGGAAUUCUCAUUCUGGCCUACAACACCCCCGCGCCAGCUUGGCGGAGUGUUCGAGCUCCGGUCAUACACACUCCACCCCGGCAACCUGCUUGAGUGGGAGACUCAUUGGAGACGCGGUCUCAAUGCCCGACGGGAAGUGAUGGAAGGCGUCGGAGCUUGGUUUGUCCAGAUUGGAGACCUUAACACCGUCCACCACCUCUGGCAGUUUGCCAAUCUGGAGGAGCGCCGCACUCGACGUGAGAAGAGUUGGUCAAUUGAGGGCUGGAGUGACACGGUUCAUAAGACAGUGCCUCUCAUUCAGGAGAUGAAGUCCCGGAUCCUCAUCCCCAUGCCCUGGUCUCCUGUCGCAUGA